CAUGCGCGGUGGGGUUGGGGCCAGUCUUUGAUUGGCAGGUGAGGGCAGAGCAGGCCUCAGCGUCCUGUCCUUGUGUCUGUCAUCAUGUCGGCGGGGCUGGGCGAGCAGUGGUCGGGCCCUCUCAGCCUGCACGAGGUGGACGAGCGGCCGCGGGUCCCCCUGCGCGUCCAGUACGGCGCCGUGGAGGUGGCCCAGCUGGGGCAGGUGCUCACGCCCACCCAGGUUCAGAAGCGGCCGGUGAGCAUCGCGUGGGAAGGCUGCGACCCGCAGAAACUGUACACUCUGGUGCUCACGGACCCGGACGCCCCCAGCCGCCAGGACCCCAAGUUCCGGGAAUGGCAUCACUUCUUGGUGGUCAACAUGAAAGGAAAUGACAUCAGCAGCGGACGCGUCCUGUCGGACUACGUCGGGUCGGGGCCUCCCAAGGGGACAGGCCUGCACCGCUACGUGUGGCUGGUGUACGAGCAGACGGGGCCGCUCGACUGCGACGAGCCCGUGCUGGGCAACCGCUCCGGAGACGGCCGGGCCAAGUUCAAGGCGGCGGCCUUCCGCGGCAAGUACGGGCUGGCCGCCCCCGUGGCCGGCACCUGCUACCAGGCCCAGUGGGACGACUACGUGCCCAAGCUCUACGAGCAGCUGGCCGGCAAGUAGGGGGCGGGACGGCCCGGGCCCGGCCCGUCCUCCCCCCCCCCCCCGCCCUCCGGCCGGCCGGGAUCCUCCUCCUCCUCCUCCCGCCCGGGGGAAGCUCGUCCCCCUUCCCGGGGUCCGACUGACCCGACGCAGCGCCAGCCUUGAUCCCGUUCGCUUACGCUCUGAGUCGAAUAAACGUUUCGUGGAGGAAACGA